UGAAAACAGAGUAGAACAAGGAGGUGCUCUUACUUCAAUAACCAAGCACAUAUCACUAUAUUAGCAUUAUAUUGACAAUCUUGUUGUAAUAUGGGAAGGGGACAAUGAUGCCCUGGAUCUCUUUUUGAAAUGAAGAUCCUGAUAGUCAGCAGCAAAGAUAAAGAGGCACCAGGACAUCACCAGUACAGAUAAAAAGAUGCUACAAAACAUUCCUAUAAUUCUGCUGGUGGCCAUAGCAGUGCUGCCCUUGACUUUGGUAAAAGCCCAAGGAUACCCUGUGAAUCAUAAGCCAAACUGUGGGGUUAAUGAACAAUAUUAUUCUGAAUGCAAGCCCUGCCCCAAAUACUGUGGAAAUGAACGUGUUGCAUGCACUAUGAUGUGUAAACCUGGCUGUGGCUGCAAACCUGGCUAUGUUCGUCAGACUUCCUCCUCUACAGCAUGCAUCCCAGAAGCAAAAUGUAUUAAAUGCGGAGAACUGGAAGUUUAUGAUGAAUGCCGUGCUCACUGCGAUGAUACUUGUGAUGGUCCAACUCCGUGCACAUUCAUAUGUAAACCUGGUUGCAAAUGCAAGGAAAACUAUGUCAGACACAGGGGGAGGUGUAUUAUGCGCUCAAGGUGUCCAAGAUCUAACAACUAAUUGUUAUCAUGAAGUUAUUUUUUUUUUGACGUUCACAUCCACUGUAGGUUAUGCACAAUAAUCAUAUUAGCUUCAGUGUUGGAAAAAUCUGUUUCUUUUGUCAAAAUAUCAAGCUGAAAAUCAUUAAUAAUUGUAAUGGUUCUAAAAUAAAUCAAAUGAGAUUAA